CUGCUGUAGUUUAUUGUUUUCUUCCCUUCCUACAUGUCGGAGUCCGUUGUAUGUAGUAGCUUUCUCCUUCCUCUUUAGUCUUCAUACAGGUGAUAAACGUUGUGAGAAUAGACUCUCCCGCCCGCGGCCCCAAGUCUUUGGUUUCUCCCAUUCCUCGCCCCUCCGUCUGUCCCAUCAUCUGUCUCUCGACCUUGCUUGCUCAGCCUUCUCUACUACUCCUCCUUUCGUGCCCGAGUCCAAAAUGGCCCCUCCUGUUCCUCGCGUGAAAAGCGCUGCCAUAUACGUCCUCACCGACUCGUCUUCUACAUACGUCGCCGUCCCUGCGUCCGCCUCGGGCCGCCGCGCCGACGAGCUUGGAAUAUUCCUCGAGAUUAUCUCAGGGGGUGCCAUUCACCUGUCCUCGGACAUUUUCCUCACACUGAAACGCACCGGUGAAGUGGUUGCAGCACUUACCAGCGAUGCCAUUGUCUAUGGAGGCGUGUACACUCUCACCGCAACCUCGCCGGUUCACUUCGUCUACCCUUCCGAAACGCCCCGCUUGUUUCCGCCGAGUCGAAAGGGUACGCCCACCGCCUCUCUCACAACAUCGCGCCCAGGCUCACCCCGCGACACGUUGCUCGUCAACGCACAGGACGUACAGUAUGUGAACAUAAACCUAGAUACACCAGUGAUUGAGUCAGUGUCCGUGCGCAACUGCAGCGGCUGGGGCAAGGGGCUGGCCAAGCUCGGACGCGUGUAUCCAGCUUUAUGUUCACAUACUGUACUGAACCGUGAUAUCCGUUCUCGCGAGAAUAUCAUACAGCGUGACCGCUACUGCGUAGUCACCGGAACCACCAACCUGAAUUCACUCCGGGGCUGUCACAUUAUCCCUUUCGCAUGGAAGAAAAAUCAGGUCGUCGGUUCCCUUCCCCCAGCCGUAAGGGAUCACAUAUUGGAAAACCUUGGCGCAGCCGGCAUCGACGACGUGAGGAAUGGAUUCUUGGCUACCCGUGACUUGCACGACGCCUUUGACCGUGGAGAGUGGGCAGUGGCAAACUUAGAUGGCCGCCCCUGUUUUUUUGGCAUCUCGCCUGAAUACCACGCUUCGGACCACCAUAGACAGCCAUUGCGCCUUCCCGACGGCGCGUUUCCGGACGGCGAGCCACUGGUGGACUACUUUCCGGACCCGAUACUCUGGCAGCACCAUUUCCAAUGUGCAGUCUUCCGCCACAUGCGUGGCGGCGGGGAGAUAGAUGAUGACCAACGUGACCCAGACGUGGAUCCUGAUGAACUGCGUCAAACCGUGCUGGAUAUGGAGGCGGAGCUCGAGAGCAUCGAUGCAGAGUUGGGCCAUCUAGAAGAGGUCGGGUUGGGGGAGGCGGUGAGGAAACUUCGUGCGGAUGUGGCCAAAGAGUACUAUGGUCGAGUGGACACCUAUGGGGUACCUGCAAACAUUCCCGCCGCUUAUCUUUAGGGCGGCGCCUAGACGGCACACUGGAUUUCGUUAAUCGCACACCGGAAGUCGUUAAUCGCACACCGGAUUUUGUUGGACACACAUGGGGCCGUGACUUUAUAAUUCCACUUAUGAAUCUAUUGCAAUUUUUUGAUUGGCUGUGCUUCCCCAAACCAACCAGUCGGCCGCAAAGCGUAAUUCUAUUAAUUUUACAGUAAUAGAACAUUGUCCAUUCUCUCUCCCC